AAAGCACAGUGGAAAUUUCUUGAAUUUUGUUUCUUUCUUAUCCGCAAGGGUAGAGUUUUAUCAAUGUCACAAGAAUUCUUACCUCCCCACUAGGUGUUAUAAAUGUAGGGGACUUUGGAGGAGGUUCCUCAACUCCUCCUAGUCAUUGUUUAACAAAGCUCAUAUACCAAAACAAGUUCUAGCCAUGGCUGCAUCUUACUCAGUGCCUUCAAUUGUAAGCCAUAAACAGCCUUCCUCCCAUUUCGUUUCCUCCAAUUUUCUAAUAGUUGUCUUUGCUAGUGAGUCUCUACUAGGAAUUUGCUAAGUUUGAGCUAUUUCUGUAGUACAUUAUAAUGGUGUUAAAACGCUUAUAUAUUCGGUUUCAUGUCCUUGGUUUUGCCUAGUUUUUCUGUGUUGAUUCAUGGUUUAUAUAUGUAGGUUUUGUAGCCCUCAUCACCAAACAAACUUCUAUCUUGAGGUCGUGUAAUGAACUCCCAUAGUAACAGGAUCUAGGUGUGAGACCUAUUAUUGUUCGAAGGUCUCACACCUUUUCUACUGCGCCGAGAGCUAGACCCUUUAAUCAGAGUCAAUGUGAUUAAAAAAGAGAGGUAAUUAAAUUGAAACACUUGAAUCCCCCAGUCACAGUUAGUCUACAAGGAAUUGUUGCCAGUUGAAUUAAAGAUACAGGGGUAAAUUUGGUCAAAGAGGAGCUUAGCACACUUAAAAGUUGAUAAAUUUGCUAAUAAGUAAAAAGUAUAGCAUUCUUCUACGGAAUAUUAUGUCCUAAAAUUACAUUUCUCUAUAUAUUGGUUAUGUAUGCAGUUGUUGUUUUGAAGAACCGUACCUCGAUAAAAUUUUGGUCAGCACUAAGUCUAGAUAUUGGAAUACAAAAGUGAAUGAAUUUCCAAUUUAAAUGAUGAGCUAAAAAAUUAGGCACGCAAAUUGGUUUUCCACAUGUUCGUAACUAGUGAGAAUUGUGUAUACAGAUAAUGGAAGAAGAAGGAAGGUUUGAGGCAGAAGUCGCGGAGGUGCAGGCAUGGUGGGGCUCAGAAAGGUUCAAGCUCACAAAACGACCAUACUCAGCUAGAGACGUUGCGGCGCUAAGAGGCACCCUGAGACAAAGCUAUGGCUCCAAUGAAAUGGCCAAAAAGCUGUGGAGAACUCUCAAAAUUCACCAAGCCAAUGGCACAUCCUCAAGGACUUUUGGUGCCCUAGACCCCGUCCAGGUCACCAUGAUGGCCAAGCACUUGGACACAAUUUACGUCUCUGGUUGGCAAUGUUCGUCCACACACACCAGCACCAAUGAGCCUGGCCCCGACCUUGCUGACUACCCUUAUGACACGGUCCCAAACAAGGUGGAGCAUUUGUUUUUCGCUCAACAAUACCAUGACCGCAAGCAAAAGGAGGCAAGGAUGAGCAUGAGCCGGGAGGAGAGGGCUAGAACCCCUUAUGUUGAUUACUUGAAGCCAAUCAUUGCUGAUGGUGACACCGGUUUUGGUGGCACCACGGCGACUGUUAAGCUUUGCAAGCUUUUCGUGGAGCGAGGCGCUGCUGGUGUUCACAUUGAGGACCAGUCAUCAGUGACAAAAAAAUGCGGUCACAUGGCUGGGAAAGUGCUUGUUGCUGUUAGUGAACAUAUUAACAGACUUGUGGCUGCAAGGCUACAAUUUGAUGUUAUGGGAACUGAGACUGUAUUGGUGGCUAGAACCGAUGCGGUUGCAGCUACAUUGAUCCAGACCAAUGUGGACACUAGGGAUCAUCAGUUUAUAUUGGGGGCUUCGAACCCAAAUCUUAGAGGGAAGAGCUUGGCUACCCUUUUGGCUGAAGCAAUGGCCGCUGGCAAAACAGGAGCUGAGCUGCAGGCCGUCGAGGACAACUGGACUUCAAUGGCACAGCUGAAGACAUUUUCAGAAUGUGUCACUGAUGCAAUCAAGGCCAUGAACCUUGGCAAACACGAAAAAAGGAGGAGAUUGAGUGAAUGGAUGAGCUAUUCUAGUCCUGAAAAGUGUUUGUCGAAUGAGCAAGCGUGCGAAAUCACUGAGAAGUUGGGGCUUAAGAACCUUUUCUGGGACUGGGACUUGCCUAGAACAAGAGAAGGGUUCUACAGGUUCAAAGGGUCUGUGAUGGCAGCUGUCGUGCGUGGAUGGGCUUUUGCUGACCACGCUGACAUUAUUUGGAUGGAGACUUCGAGCCCUGAUAUGGUUGAGUGCACCCAAUUUGCUGAGGCGGUGAAGAAUAAGCAGCCUGAAAUCAUGUUAGCUUAUAAUCUUUCACCAUCUUUCAACUGGGAUGCAUCUGGGAUGAAUGAUCAGCAAAUGAUGGACUUUAUUCCUCGGAUUGCCAAGCUUGGCUACUGCUGGCAGUUUAUCACACUGGCUGGUUUCCACGCAGAUGCGCUUGUGGUCGAUACUUUUGCGAGGGACUACGCGAGGAGGGGAAUGCUGGCUUAUGUUGAGAGGAUCCAGAGGGAGGAGAGGAACAAUGGAGUUGACACACUUGCUCAUCAGAAAUGGUCUGGUGCUAAUUUCUAUGAUAGGUACCUCAAGACUGUCCAGGGAGGCAUUUCCUCCACUGCUGCUAUGGGCAAAGGAGUGACUGAAGAGCAAUUCAAAGAAUCAUGGACCAGGCCAGGAACUACUGAUCUAAGUGAAGGCAAUGUUAUGAUUGCCAAGGCAAGAAUGUAAGAGAAAAAAGAGAGAGAAGCACUUGAAUGGAGUUUGGUCUAGAGUACUUUGGGACAUUAUCCAGCUCAUAUAUUGUGGGAACUGGUGUAGAAUAAUGUGCUGCAAUAGUAUAUAAUGCAGGUGAUUGGCCUUUCUGGGUAUACUUUUUUGUUUUUGUUACCUGGUGGCUAGUGCAUUCUAGUGUACUUUUAUUAGUCACAAAUGUGAGGACCAAACUUGUUCUUGUGUAAUGUAUUAUGGGAUAUUCUUCCCUAUGUUAGAAAUAUAUCAUUCCAUUUCCUAUUUAACGCUAUGUUCCUCAUUCUCUUUGUUGAAGUUUUUGCAUAAACCGUAAUUCCUUGAAAUAGAUGGCUUAUGAAACAUGCUGAGCAAAAGAAAAUUAAUGAAUCUUUUGUUCUUAAUUUCUCAUAAUUUACUUAUAAUUGUCUGUCGUGCAUUAUGUUGCAUAUACACUUCAAUUUUUUAGGAUAUGAAGUGCCCAACACAGACGCAUACAUGGCACUUUUCGAGA